AUGUCUACGGGAGUUACGUGCGCAUGCGCUCGGGGAACGAACACGUGCGGAAGCGACAUGCAAGUGGACCGUCGAGAUACGAAAAGGGGGGCCAACACCGUAAAGGAAAGAGAUGUACUUUAUAGACUGAUUGUAAGUCAGCUGCGGUAUGAUGGCUAUGAGACAGCAGCAUCUACUCUGGCUCAUGCCGUGUCUUCGUUUCCACCACCAUCCCCUUCUUCCAGAUUGGCUCAUCUUUUUCAACUUGGAGUGCAAACUGAAGGAGAAGCAUCUGGUGGUGGAAUGAUGGCCGACGUGCCUCAGGUCAGAAGUCAAGGAGCUAUUGAUUUGGAAUACGAAAGUGAUGGUAAGAGGUCAGAUGUUUUCCUUGGAAAAGGGUUGUGCUGGGUUUCGCUUGCAUACCUCACUCAUUAUGUUGUGUAUCAACUUGUUCACCAAACAACUGCGGUGUCUGCUCCUAGUUUAAGCAAACAUCAGGUGAACUAUGUAACUUCUCACAAGGGACCAUGCCUCACUGCUGCCUUCAGUCAUGACGGAAAGUUAGCUGCAUCAGGAUCUGCCGAUUUUUCUAUAAAGGGAGUUACCACAAUGGACUUUCAUCCAACUGUGUCCAUACUGGCCUCAGGAAGUAAAGACUGCUCCAUUAGACUGUUUGACUAUUCGAAACCAUCUGCCAAGCGAGCUUACCAGGUGGUGCAAGAAGUCGCCCCAAUUCGUUGCAUAAGUUUUCACCCAUCAGGAGACUUUAUGAUUGUUGGAACUGAGCAGAGCACGUGUCCUGUGACAGCUUUACACUAUUCACUGGAUGGAAGAUUGUAUGCUACAUGCAGUAAAGAUGGCUCUAUCAAGGUCUGGGAUGGUAUCAGCAAUAGAUGUGUGUCCACGUUUCACAAUGCUCACAGUGGACAAAUGGUUUCAUCAGUAAAGCUCUCAAGGAAUGCAAAGUACAUAUUGUCUAGUGGUAAGGAUGGCAGUGCUCACCUGUGGGAACUCACUUCAGCCCGACCACUGAAUACCUACCAGCCAUCAAGUGUUAAGCUGCUUCCUUACAGACCAUGUGCUGUCUUCAAUCACACUGAAGACUAUGUGUUGAUGCAAGAAGAAAAGAUGCAACAGCUAGUCCUCAACUGGAACUCACGGUCCUCACAGUUACUAGCACCUGUAGUUUCAGUACAUAUAGUAGUUGUGAGUCGCGCCAAAGGCAUGGCGACCUCUUCCUCAAUAGAGAUUCCCCUCAGGGAUACAGAUGAGGUAAUUGAAUUGGAUAUUGAUCAGCUUCCCGAAGGUGACGAGGUGAUUUCCAUCUUACGUGAUGAACGUGCCCCACUACACACCUGGGUGGCUUUGGCGGUGAGGAUAAGUAGUUACAAACAAGGACAAAAAGUCGUCUGCAAACCUCUGAGGGGGUACACUGACAGUCGACUUGGUUUGAACAUAGGAGACUGCAUUACUUUCAAGCAGAAUAAACAUGAGGAGUUCUUGAGACUCUUAGAAGCAUCUCGUACAGAUUCAGAUACAGGUUACCCUGACAGUGAAAAAGACCAAAUGAUGGCCCUGGAUACAUUGGCAGCCUAUUAUGUACAACAAGCUCGUCAAGAGAAACGUCGGGAGAAGCGUAAAGACUACUUUACCCAGGCAACAGUCCUGUACACCACUGCUGACAAGAUUAUCAUGUAUGACAUCAACCACCUCCUUGGACGAGCCUAUUUCUGCUUACUGGAAGGAGAUAAAAUGGAUCAAGCAGAUGCACAGUUCUCCUUCGUUUUGCAACAGUCACCAGAAAAGAUUCCGGCCCUGAUUGGAAAAGCCUGCAUUGCCUUUAACAAAAAGGACUACAAAGGAGCUCUUGUUUUUUAUAAGAAGGCCCUAAGGACCAAUCCUAACUGUCCUGGAGCUGUAAGACUUGGAAUUGGCUUGUGUUUUGUGAAGUUAGGGAAUAUACAAAAGGCCAGGAUGGCUUUCCAGCGAUGUUUGGAACUUGAGCCCCGUUGCGUUGGAGCAUUAGUUGGGAUGUCAAUUUUAGAACUCAACAGCAAACAUCAUGACUCCAUCAAGAAAGGAGUCGAGCUGCUGUCAAAGGCAUACACUAUUGAUUCAUCCAGCCCUAUGGUUCUGAACCACCUUGCUGAUCACUUCUUUUUUAAGAAGGACUACAACAAAGUUCAGCAUCUCGCCUUACAUGCAUUCCAUGGGACAGAUGUUGAAGCGAUGCAGGCUGAAAGCUGCUAUCAGCUAGCCAGAGCAUUUCAUGUACAAGAAGAUUAUGACCAGGCAUUCCAGUACUACUACCAGGCCACACAGUUUGCUGCACCAGGAUAUGUGCUUCCACACUUCGGACUGGGACAAAUGUACAUUGCAAGAAGAGAUCUAGAUAAUGCUUCUCAAUGCUUUGAAAAAGUGUUGGCCGUGCAACCUGGAAACUAUGAAACAAUGAAAAUACUAGGCUCGAUAUAUGCAACAUCUCCAGAGCCACAAAAGAGGGAAAGUGCAAAGGGUUACUUGAAGAAGGUUACAGAACAGUUUCCUGAUGAUGUGGAAGCUUGGAUUGAGCUUGCUGGCAUUCUUGAGGAGAAUAAUAUUACCGGAGCUUUACAAGCAUAUGAGAAGGCAUCUUCCAUUCUGACAGACACAGUUGGAGUUGACAUUCCUCCAGAGAUUCUCAACAAUAUUGGAGCCUUGCACUUCAAACUUGAACACUUUCAAGAAGCAAAAUCAUACUAUGAGCAGGCUCUGGAACGGUGCAAGCAGGAGUCUAUACAGGAUGAGACUUACUAUAAUGGUCUGGCAGUCACUACUUCUUACAACAUGGGCCGCCUGCAUGAAGCCAUUAGUGAAUUUGAGGCUGCUGAGAAUUAUUACAAAAUUAUACUGAAGGAACACCCCAGUUAUGUUGACUGUUAUCUUAGACUGGGAUGCAUGGCUAGAGACCGGGAACAAAUCUAUGAAGCUUCUGACUGGUUCAAGGAGGCAUUACAGAAAAACCAGGAACAUGCUGAUGCUUGGGCUCUUAUUGGAAACCUGCACCUAGCAAAGCAACAGUGGGGUCCAGGCCAGAAGAAGUUUGAAAGAAUAGUGAAAAACCCUGCCACAAAGGGAGAUACUUACUCCAUGCUCUCACUGGGUAAUGUGUGGCUCUAUGCUCUUCAUGUUCCAACCAGAGAUCGUACAAAAGACAGAAGAAACCAGGAUAGGGCUCUUGAAUUUUAUACGACUGUACUCCGCAAAGAUUCAAAGAAUAUAUUUGCAGCUAAUGGAAUAGGUGCAGUUCUUGCUCAUAAAGGCUAUUUUAGAGAAGCUAGGGAUGUGUUUGCCCAAGUGAGAGAAGCAACUGCUGAUGUUCCCGAUGUGUGGCUAAAUCUUGCUCACAUAUAUGUUGAGCAGAAGCAGUACAUUGGAGCAAUACAAAUGGUAUCGCACUGUAGUUUUAAUUACUAUAUCAUGUACAAAUACGUUGACAGACCACUAGCCAAUCUGUGGACUGCACCUUAGUAGCGAACAAUUAAGCCUACCUGGUUGUUUGAAUUGCUCAAUUUUGUAUUUGUUUCUGUGUGACCCACAGUCAGUGAUGUGCACACGUGUGAUUAUGAUAGUGAGUCACACAGUACGAGUACCACACCCCAGCUUCAGACACGUUCGUAGCUGUGCCUAGCAAGGCGGCGCAAGCUUUAGGUUGUUUUUCUCUGAAGCCUGACCAGAUGUGUUGAGUCUUACGAGGACAGGAUGUUUUCGCGGUACUGCCUACUGGCUACGGAAAGACACUUUGUUACGCAGUCCUACCAGCUGCAUUCGACAUCCUCCAUCCUGGCAGUCCACUAUCAAUUGUAAUAGAAUAGCCCCUGACAGCCAUUAUAAAAGACCAGGCCAGUGCAUAGAUCUUAGUGAAGCCAACCAGUAAACCAGUAAUAUUUUAGGCAGGUGGCCAAUCUUUCCUCCAAGGGCUUAAAACCUGCGGCAUUAUAGGAGCCACCGAGGACAAGGAGAUAAUUGAAGAAAGCUGUACUGAUUAGGGAAUAAUAUGUAUCGGCUAGUUCUUUUCACCCCAGAGAUUCUGGUAGAACAGAAACAAUGGCGAAAGGUGCUACUUGGAGAUGUUCACUCGUCCCGUCUAAGAGCUUUUGGGGUUGUUGAAGCUAAUGCUGUCAAGAAAUCGUUACGGUGUUUUUUGUAGCUACAUGAUAACUAGGGGUGAAACAGUUUUGAAAAAUUAUAUCUAGUGCUUGCUAUGCUAAUCCUCUUGCAACCACGCACACAUGUGCAGUAAUUGCACCACUUACUAAAUAGGUUAGGCAGCUCAUCCUUUUCAAUAUACAAUGCAUUAGCUACAGACUUGUGUGUGCAUAGGUUUACUAAUGAGCUAUGACAUAAAGCACUAUAAAACCCAUAAGCACCACAGUUAACAAAUGUUGCUUUUUUUCUGCAGUACGAGAACUGUUUACGAAAGUUUUACAACUUUCACAACACUGAGGUCCUUCUAUAUCUCUCACGGGCCUAUUUUAAAGCUGGCAGACUACUUGAAUGCAAGCAAACCCUGCUUAAGGCUCGACAUAUAGCACCAAGUGAUUCUCUCUUACUGUUCAACUUGGCUUUAGUUGAGCAGAGACUGGCAAUGGGAGCUCUCAGGGAUGAACGGAGUAGCCUGAACACAGUUUUGUCUGCGGUUAGGGAGUUAGAGAUGGCUCAGAGAUUCUUUGUCUACCUCAGUAAAGAGGGUGACCGAAUGAAGUUUGAUCUGUCACAUGCCACACAUGAGGCUCGCAAAUGUGCUGAUUAUCUCAGUCAGGCACAACAUCACCUCUCUAGGGCUAGAAGAGUAGAUGAUGAGGAAAGGGCCCUAAAAGAAAAAUUAGAAGAAGAAAAACAUACUCUCAGACUAAAGCAAGAGGAAGAACAGCGUGAGCUACUUCGACAAAAAGAACUUCAGGCACAGCAACUGGAAGAACAAAGAACGCAGUUUAAAAUGAAGACACAAAACCUUUUGCAAUUUUCUGAACAUUCUCCUGAUUCUAAGCCUACAAGGAAAAAGAAAGACCGUUCCAGUGAAGACGGAGAAAGUACCGGUCCGGCACCUAAAAAGAAAAGAGCUGACCAUAGCAAAGACGAAGAACACAAGCAGCAACAUAAACGCCACCGGAAAAGACAAAGGGCUACUGAUCCUGAUAAGAAACGAAGUCGAGAGGGUGGACGGAAAAGAAGAAAAGUUAUAUCAAAGGCAUUUGUCGAUUCCAGUGAUGAUAAUCCUUCUGAUGACAAUGAACCGUUACCAGAUAGUGCUGAAGGGCCAAGACUGGAAGAAAAAGACAAGGGUGAAAGUGAAAACGAGCCACCCACCGCAACCACUUCUGAAGCCUCAUCAAGUGAUAGUGAUGAAAGUGGAACAGAAGAUAAUCUCUUAUCUGAGCCAGGUUCACCGGAGCAUCCACCACAAAGUUCUGAAACAGAAGAAAAAAACUAAAGAACAGCAUUUUCUUUUACAUUGUAUGUACUCAUUAUGCUCCUCCUCACUCUUUUCUAUUGUGCUAAUAAAAAGGUCUUUAUGCAUCAUGCAUCACGAGGAAUUUUUGUAAGAAAGGGAACUGAGUAACAAAAUUUGCCAACAGAGGGGGAAGCCAGUUCUUCAGUGUUAUGCAAGCCUACUGGCCUUUAUUAUUGUGUUUGUGUAAAACCAAACCCUCUAUGUUUGGACCCCCACCUGGUCAUGUAUAAUUGGUGAGUG